UCGGUUUAGGAUUCUUAGUGUCGCACAUUCUGAGUGUGUGUUGACUUUUAAGUCAUACCAGCAAGUACUUUAAUUAUUAUUGAGUUUUAUUCUAUUAAGAAAACAAGAUUUAAUUAACAGAUCAUUUUCAGGGAGUUGUGUAUUUUAGUUUUACAGUUUAUGGUUUAAGGCUAGUGUUGAGUCCAGUUCUGUGGUCUGCUAGGGAGGUUUACAACUAACUGCAAACAUCUUUCUCAUCCAGUACAUGAAGAUGGACUUUCUCAUUGAACACACAUGGGACAGCACUCCAGUAAAUCACAGCCCUGUGAAACUGACUUUUUCUCCUGGUGACGGCGGCUUGCUUAUGGAAGUGUGUGCCCCUUUCUUCAAUGAUCCUCCGUCUCCACCAGGGCCUCCUAACCAGACUUUUCCUGGGCUCUGGGAUUAUGAAGUUGUUGAAGCUUUCUUCCUCAACAGCGCAACAGAAAAAUACCUGGAGGUUGAAGUGUGUCCUCAUGGGCAGCACUUAGUAUUGCUUCUCUCUGGGAGAGGAAACGCAUGGAAACAAGGACUAGAUUUAGCUUAUGAAGCUUCCAUUUGUGGAAAAAAGUGGAAGGGCACUGCCCUCCUUCCCUGGAGCUACUUCCCACCUGGUGUGGAUAAGAUGAAUUCAUAUGCCAUUCACGGAUCUGGAAAUGGAAGGAUUUAUGAAGCCCUUUAUCCAGUGCCAAGAGAUGAGCUAACAGAAAAUCAAGGGCCCAACUUCCAUCUCCUGGAAUACUUCCAAGACUUCAGUCUUAAAGCAAUUAUGGGAGAAGACUGGGUACAGCCGGAAUCAGACCUGUGGAAAAACUGUGGUGAUCAGCAGAAACUGUAAUAAUGUUGCCAGAAUUAUUAAUAGGAAUUCAAAACUCAAGAUCGUUGUGGCUGACAUGAAUCAUAAAUUACUGUAGAACACCUUUAUGAGGGAAUGCUGUGGUGUAUUGUAAUUAGAUACUGUAUAUACAGUACCAUAUCUUAUAAAAUGUGUAGAGCAAUGUGUAAAUUUGUUUAGAAUACGGAACUUUGUUAUUUAGGUAACAAGUUGGUUUAUUCCUUAAAAGGAACAACGCUUUUUUUUCUGUGAUAAAUUGAAUUAAUUGUGUUUAAAUUAAAACUUUGGAGAAAUCAA